CAUCUCUCAGAAAGCUUUGGCGAAGGAAAAGAGAAGCCACCGAGCGAUAGCUUGGAGCCCAGCAGCGUAAAAGAAAUCGGCAAGAGAUCGCCGAAGAGGACGAAAACGAAGUGAUGCGAUCGCUGCCGGAGAAACCCCUCUUCGUCGCCGCCGUGGCUGCGGCGCUGGUGGCGGGUGCCCUCGUCGUCUCGAGCUUCGUCCGCGCCGGCGACCGCGCCCUCCUCUGCUCCUCCCUCUUCUCUUCCCCCUCUUCCUCCUCCUCUUCGGAGCUCGCGGAGGCGCUCCUCCACUACGCCACCUCCACUGCCGUACCCCAGCAGUCCCGCGCGGAGAUCCGCGUCUCCUUCGACGUUCUCCGCCGCCGCCGCCCCUGCAACUUCCUCGUCUUCGGCCUCGGCCGCGACUCCCUCAUGUGGUCCGCCUUCAACGCCGGCGGCACCACCGUCUUCCUCGAAGAAGACCCCCAAUGGUUCCAAUCCGUUACCAAAUCGUCCCCCAACCUCCGCGCCCACAGCGUCCGCUACCGCACCCGCCUCAUCGAGGCCGACGAUCUCAUCAAAUCCUACCGAUCCGAGCCCUCCUGCCUCCCGCCGGCGGCGGCGCCGCUCAAGAACAACCACCGGUGCCCAUUGGCCCUCGCCGACCUCCCUUCCGAGAUCUUCGAUCGGGAGUGGGAUCUCAUCAUGAUCGAUGCUCCCAAGGGGUACUACAACGAGGCCCCGGGCCGGAUGGCGGCGAUCUUCUCGGCGGCGGUGAUGGCGAGGAGCCGGCGGGGAGAGGGCGAGACCGAUAUCUUCCUCCACGACGUGAAUCGGAAGGUCGAGAAGAUGUAUGCGAUGGAGUUUCUGUGCAAGAAGCACCUCGUCGGCGGGAGCGGCCGGCUGUGGCACUUCCGCAUCCCGCCGGUGAGGGGGAACGAGACCACCUCCUCUUCCUCUGGUGAGAAGAGCUUCUGCUGAAGUUUUUAAAUUUCAGGUUUGCAGAGGGGGUUUAUUGUAAUUUUCUUUUUUUAAGGCUUAUAAUUAAUUACUAUGUUUACAAUUUACGUUUUACUUAUACCCCUACUGUAUCCAUUUUCAUGGGUUUUAUGAAUUUUGAUUAAA